AUGGCUAGUGUAAUUGACCAUGAUACACGAAAUUAUUACGUCUACAUCUAUUCGGGACUAAUUGGGGCUCUGUUUGUGACGGCGCUAAUGCGGUCGACCACGUGGUUCAUGAUGUGUAUGCGGGCGUCCGUUAAUCUACACAACAGUAUAUUCUCGCGUCCAUUACGGGCGCCGAUAGCCGUUCGACAACAACCCGUCGACUGUAAAGAGGUUUAA